CGUGCGAUUCUAUUUUGUAAUUUUAAUAAUACUUCCCUAAAACAUUAAGGAAAAUGGAUCUAAAAUUAAUGGACAAACUGCGCCUAUUAAAAGUGGACACCGAGUUACGUUCGCAAAUAAAAAUGAAACCGAUGAGUAGGUACUAUUUCAUUACUAGUACGAACCCGGGCGAACAGUUCUACGUUUUCGCAUCCACUGCUGCGUGGCUGAUCAGGAAAACUGGGAAAGAAUUUGAACAACCCAACGAGGAAGAUGAUCCAAACAGUAUAAUCGCUACUAUCCUCGAUAUCUUGAGAGAAAAGGACAUUGCUGUAGAUUUCUCUUCGCACAAACUCAAACAAGGCUAUGGAGAACAAGUGUGUUAUAUAUUAAACGUACUGGCUGACGAAGCUUUGAAAUGUGAGGAGUUCGAAUGGCAGAAACCAAUCGUGGAUAUACCAGAGCCUGAAGAAGCUGCUGAUGAUGUAGACCAAGUUGAGGACGAAACAGAAAUAUUACUAGACAAAGUUGAAGAAGAAAUGGCGAUAUAUUCCGGAGAAUCUGAAGAAGAAUUUAAUGUAGAAGAAAAGGAUUCAAGUUUAGUCAAAAAAGUUCAUGAUUGGGAAGCUUGGAAACUAGAAUUGGAGAGGGUAGCACCAGCGCUGAGACUUAAAAUAUCAGCAGACGGUCGCGAUUGGAGGGCAAGACACUCCCAAAUGAGGACGUACAGAGAUGAACUAUUUGAAAGGUACAAAACGACUGGUUCACAACUUAACAAACUCCACACAAAUAUAAGUUCUGUUAUGGACAAGAUAUCAGCAAGAGAAAACAUACUGAAUGAGCAAUUUGAGCCGUUAGUCAGAGAGUACGGGGCGUUAUUGGAUGAGUUGAAUAAAGUAACCAAUGAAUAUAAAGAUGUUAGUGUAGGAGUGACAGAGAGACAAGAAAUGUUGAACGAAUUGACUUCUAAAGUGGAAAACAUAAAACAAAGGACAGAGUCUAAAGGAUCCUCGAUGAAUGAUAAUUCUCCUUUAGUGACUGCGAAAAAAGCGGUUGCGAAUUUGAAAAAAGACAUACAAGAUAUGGAUUUCCAGAUCAUUAUUUUAAUUUGGUUGUUGACUACGAAAGAGAAUCCGAAUAGUAAUAAUUUGUUUACGAAUGCUGAAUCCAAAAUGGUGGGCAUUGAAAGUUAUUGAAGGAGUUGUUCGAUGUUUUGUUAACGAAAAUCAAUUUUUACUUACCUUGUCUGCUG